GAGAAGAAAUUGUGGGUUUUAUGGAAAAGAGCAAACAAACGCAGAACGAACUGGAACUCAUGAAUGACAAGAUUAAAAGAGAGAAACAAGACAUCGAAGAAAGUCGGGAUGUGCUAACAAAGGAGAGAGAGGAGCUGGAACAAAUGAGGAGUGAGAUACAGCAACAGAGAGAGAAGACAGAAUCUCACAUGGAAGACCAAAGGAAAGAGAAAGAACAUUUGGAACAAAUGACGACGGACAUGAAAAAACAGUUGCGAGAGGUGGAUAAUGACAAGGAAAUGAUAGAAAGCACAAUGGGUGAACUGAGAGUGAAAGAGGCAGAAAUGGUGAGAGAAAAAGACAACAUGGAUAACAGGAUGGCAAGGUUCAAAGAGGAAGAGGAUAGAAUGCGGGAAGAAAUAGGAAGGAAGAUGGAUAUCUUAAAGCAGGAAAGCUGUGAAAUCAAAAGACUUAGAGAUGAAAUUGACAGUGAAAAGGACCAGCUGAAUGCAAAAUUGCUUGAGUUGGAAAAAAUGUGUGAAGAACUAGAUAGAGAGAAGAAGGAAGUGAAAGACAGGAAGGAUGAAACACUGAAAGAGAAAGAUCAGUUGGAAGAGAGGCGAGGUGAGAUAAGUAAGGAGAAAGAGGAAUUGGAUAUCAGUCUUGAACUGAUGAAAAGACAAAGGGAAGACUUGACGAGCUUGAAGGCUGAAGCAGAAGCACAGACCGAGCCUAUGGAAAUAGACUGGAAGGAAAAGCUCACGAGGGAAAGACAACAACUUGAAGAUGUAAAGGAGGAGAUACAGAAGGAAAAAGAAGCCUUUGAGAGAAAGAAGGGAUUGACCAUGAAAGAAAGAGAUGAGUUUGAUCUGAUGAAGUCUGAAACCCAGGGACAAUUGGAGGAAAUAGAACAAAACAAACAAGACAUUCGUGGGGAGAAGGAAAAGCUAGAUCAGAUCAAAGCUGAGUUAGAAAGACGGUCUGAAGACGUAAAUCAGAUCAUGGAUGAGACAAGACGGGAGAGGGGGAAGGUUGAAGAACUGGCUAUCCAAACUCAAAAACAAAGAGAAGAAAUUGUGGGUUUUAUGGAAAAGAGCAAACAAACGCAGAACGAACUGGAACUCAUGAAUGACAAGAUUAAAAGAGAGAAACAAGACAUCGAAGAAAGUCGGGAUGUGCUAACAAAGGAGAGAGAGGAGCUGGAACAAAUGAGGAGUGAGAUACAGCAACAGAGAGAGAAGACAGAAUCUCACAUGGAAGACCAAAGGAAAGAGAAAGAACAUUUGGAACAAAUGACGACGGACAUGAAAAAACAGUUGCGAGAGGUGGAUAAUGACAAGGAAAUGAUAGAAAGCACAAUGGGUGAACUGAGAGUGAAAGAGGCAGAAAUGGUGAGAGAAAAAGACAACAUGGAUAACAGGAUGGCAAGGUUCAAAGAGGAAGAGGAUAGAAUGCGGGAAGAAAUAGGAAGGAAGAUGGAUAUCUUAAAGCAGGAAAGCUGUGAAAUCAAAAGACUUAGAGAUGAAAUUGACAGUGAAAAGGACCAGCUGAAUGCAAAAUUGCUUGAGUUGGAAAAAAUGUGUGAAGAACUAGAUAGAGAGAAGAAGGAAGUGAAAGACAGGAAGGAUGAAACACUGAAAGAGAAAGAUCAGUUGGAAGAGAGGCGAGGUGAGAUAAGUAAGGAGAAAGAGGAAUUGGAUAUCAGUCUUGAACUGAUGAAAAGACAAAGGGAAGACUUGACGAGCUUGAAGGCUGAAGCAGAAGCACAGACCGAGCCUAUGGAAAUAGACUGGAAGGAAAAGCUCACGAGGGAAAGACAACAACUUGAAGAUGUAAAGGAGGAGAUACAGAAGGAAAAAGAAGCCUUUGAGAGAAAGAAGGGAUUGACCAUGAAAGAAAGAGAUGAGUUUGAUCUGAUGAAGUCUGAAACCCAGGGACAAUUGGAGGAAAUAGAACAAAACAAACAAGACAUUCGUGGGGAGAAGGAAAAGCUAGAUCAGAUCAAAGCUGAGUUAGAAAGACGGUCUGAAGACGUAAAUCAGAUCAUGGAUGAGACAAGACGGGAGAGGGGAAGGUUGAAGAACUGGCUAUCCAAACUCAAAAACAAAGAGAAGAAAUUGUGGGUUUUAUGGAAAAGAGCAAACAAACGCAGAACGAACUGGAACUCAUGA